UAUCUACGCCAGGGCUGCCCAACCCUAUUCCCGGUAAAGCCACCGACCCGUAGGUUUUCAUUUCCACACCAAUUCGCCACACCUGAUUCUAAUAAUUAGCUGCUCACCCAACCGAAAUAGCGUAGCCUGCUUGUUUACUAUUGAGUAUAUAACAUGUACGGUAUCAAAUAAUAGGCGAGUUAGCGGUUUCGGACAUGAUCAGACUGACUCUGUAUGGCUCGAGUAUUGGAUUUUACAGUAUUAUUUCAGGUUAAAUGUACUUUUAUUAGUAAUACUUUUUUUUUGUUAAUUGAUAUAUAUGUAUAUGUAUAAAUUUUGAUGAACACACUCUCUGAUUAAUUUAUUUCAGGCUGAAGUUACUUUUAAUAAGACAGCAUUUGUUAUUUUCAACAAUUUAUUGUAAGCAUAAAUUCGUUCUUAAUGAGAGAGGUCAGAGGAGAAAGGCCAGUUGACAGGAAGGUGACAAUAACUCAAAUAACCACGCAUUACAACAGUGGUGUACAGAAGAGCAUCUCUGAACAUACAACGCGCCAAAGUGGAUUGGCUAUAGCAGCAGAAUAUUUAAUAAGUCUAAAAAAAUAAGUGAAAUAAAGUGCUCACUGAGUGUAUAUUUUGGCCAGGGACGACACUGAUCUCAGAUAAGAUUAUCAGCACUUUCCACACAAGCAGUGCCUGUGUUGCGCGUUUCUCAUUACUGCGAACAGUGCCUGACGUAGAAAUGUGUUGCCACAUUUUGCUUGCAUGGACAUAUGCUCAGAAUGUAAACAGAAUCGAUUGGCUAUUCCUCAUGGUAACAAAAAAAAAAUUGGUGACAUCGCAUCGUUUCGGUUUCCUUUCCUCCGAAACCUCCGAGUCUAAUAAUAAAAUCUGACAGAAUGGAAACUAGUCAGUGUGUAGCUAGUACCUGCUUCGUUCACUAUGGGUGACAUGUCGGACCUCGUCUCUCACUUCAUUACGAAGAACCUCUGUAAAAACCAGGGAUGUUUAGACUAUGGACAGUUGUGUCAGAUGAUAAGCCCGAUAUGCAAAGAUCCGGACGAGAUGCUCUUCGGUGUCCUUACUGAAAAGAAUAGGUUUGUAAUCGUUGAUGGCAAAGGGAAGACAGGUUGUUCCGUUCGUCCGGACAGCGUCGUUGUCGCUAAGACUUCGCUGCGUGUUUGCCAAAGUCUCCCAGGAAACUGUCAUCGGAACUGCGGAAAUCUGCACCUGUGCAGGUAUUUUGUGUGUGGUGACUGCAGGUACAGAAAUAAAUGUAGGAACUGUCAUGAACUGGACACUGAGCAUAACGCGGCGGUUCUGAUGAGGCUGGGCCUACAGAACCUGGAGCCAUCCGAGCUGCUCCUCCUGCUGCUGCAGAACGACCCCUAUCUGCUGCCAGAGGUGUGCGUGCACUACAACAGGGCCGAUGGGCUGCACGGGGCCUGCCAGUUCAAGGGUGAAUGCACCAACCUGCACAUCUGCAGGGACUUCCUGCUGGGUGCCUGUCGGGCUGACGGCUGCCUGCGAGUCCACAAGUUUGACCCCAAAGCCAUGAAAAUCCUGAGUGGUAGAGGAGUCAGUCCAGAGAACAGAAGCUUCCUGUUCAGGAUCUACAGGAACCGCUACCUGAUCUCCAGCAGCAUGGAGACACCACAGAAGCUGUCCCGCCGGCUGUCAAAGAAGACCAGGACCAGGAGAGACGCAGACCGAAACUCAAUCUGCCUCUUCUUCAUUCGCAGCGAGUGUACCUACGAUGAGAAGUGUAACAACAUCCACUUCCAUCUGCCGUACAAAUGGCAGGUGUUGAUCCAGGAGGGCUCUACCUGGACAGACCUUCCCAACAAUGAGGAUAUUGAGAAGGCUUACUGCAACCCCGAAAAUAACACCAGCCUGGACCAGCUUCCUGUGAACUUCUGCACCAUGAUGUGUGGCUCAGCAAAAGUCCGACGCUUGUCCACGGUUUCCUCGGUAACCAAACCUGCAGACUUCAUCCUCACCACCAAUUGGCUGUGGUACUGGAGGACUGACCAAGGACAGUGGAUCCAGUACCAACAUGAGGCCAAUGGAGGGACAUGUUCCAUCACUUCUAAAAAACUGGAAGUUGCUUUUCAAGACGACAUUGACGGGGAUAUUCUGCUCAGCAAGGGGGGUCAGCGUUAUGUGCUCAGUUUUAAAGGAAUGUAUGAGGUGAGCAUCGAGCUCCAAACAAGACAAGAGGUUCGUAGGAGGCCCUGCUUCCUCUCUGCGCUCCAGGUGAAGAAAACUUUGGAGAGAGAGACUGAAGAGGCCUCCAGCUGCUCUACUGUUUGACCGGGAAUCUGCCUGACUCUAAAACAAGAUUCUCUUUGCAAGCUGAGUUCUGUGGAUUGAAGGCUGCCCCAGGAUUCCGGCAGCAUGUUCUCAGCCUCGGCCUGUGGCUCUGGGAAGGGCUCUGAAACCUCCUCCCUAACCCUAACCCUCGGCUAUGUGACACUGAAACCUCCUCCCUAACCCUAACCCUCGGCUAUGUGACACUGAAACCUCCUCCCUAACCCUAACCCUCGGCUAUGUGACACUGAAACCUCCUCCCUAACCCUAACCCUCGGCUAUGUGACACUGAAACCUCCUCCCUAACCCUAACCCUCGGCUAUGUGACACUGAAACCUCCUCCCUAACCCUAACCCUCGGCUAUGUGACACUGAAACCUCCUCCCUAACCCUAACCCUCGGCUAUGUGACACUGAAACCUCCUCCCUAACCCUAACCCUCGGCUAUGUGACACUGAAACCUCCUCCCUAACCCUAACCCUCGGCUAUGUGACACU